UUCUUUACAUAUUUUUGGUGCUAUGUCCAAAGUAGUAGGAAAUUCAUGUUUGACCACAUUUAUGAGAAGAUUUCCCAGAGUGAAGUAUUUGCACACAGAUAUAAAAUACCUUACUAGACAGUCACCAAGAAACUACUCUUUGCAUGUGAAGUGUGGCUCAUUGGUAUUUGCCACAGUAGGAGCGGCAGUGUACUACAGUCAGUUGACGAACCAUGAAAAACGAAUGCUCAGAGUGUCUCUGGGUGGCAUUGGCCGCUUUUUAAGGUCUUUGAAGACAGGGCUGACAAUAUCACUGGAUUACUGGUGGUCUCUUUUGGGUUUGGAGGAGGGAACAGAAGAGUAUAAGGAAGUUCUUCAUCCAUUACACCAACGAGCUGCUGACAGGUUAUUAGAUGGCUGUCUGAGGAAUGGAGGUUUAUACAUAAAACUUGGACAAGGAUUUUCCAGCCUCAAUCAUGUUUUACCAAAAGAGUAUUUGGAUACAUUAAAAACACUGCAAGAUAAGUGUUUAACACGAGAAAAGAAUGAACUGAAGGAGAUAUUUCUGGAGGAUUUUGGUGUUCCGUAUACAGAGAUAUUUGAAAGUUUUGAUGAAGAACCCAUUGCAGCUGCAAGCUUAGCACAGGUGUACCAUGCUAAAACAAAAGAUGGAAAAGAAGUUGCUGUGAAGGUUCAAUAUAUAGAUCUCCAAAAUCGAUUUAUUGGUGAUGUUUCAACCAUCAGGCUGUUAUUAAAAAUAGUUGGAUUUAUGCAUCCAAAAUUUGACUUUGAAUGGGUUCUUGAGGACUUACGAGGAACCCUGGAACAAGAACUUGAUUUCAUUAAUGAAGGUAGAAAUUCAGAACAAUGUGCAAGAGAUCUCUCCAAGUUCUCAUUUAUUUAUGUGCCACAAGUCGUCUGGAAUUUGAGUACCAAGAGAAUUCUAACAACAGAAUUCAUUCGUGGUUUCAAAGUCAGUGAUGUGGAAUCAUUAAAAAGACAGGGCUUUUCAUUAGCCGAUAUCGACAAGAAGCUGUUUCAGGCAUUCUCUGAACAGAUAUUCCAUACUGGAUUUGUACAUGCAGAUCCACAUCCUGGAAAUGUUCUCGUUAGGAAAGGUCCAAGUGGUAAAGCACAGCUUGUUCUGUUGGAUCACGGAUUGUAUGAGUGUCUUCCGUCCUCGGUACGCCAAUCUCUCUGUCGACUGUGGAAAGCCAUUGUUACAAACAAUCAUACUGACAUGGAAACUUAUGCACAUGAACUCGGUGUAAAAGAUUAUCGCCAGUUGGUUGAAAUUUUGACACAAAGACCUUUAGAUGCUGGUAUGAAAUUUAGGACAAAAUUAAGUGAAGAAGAUUUAAGGUACAUGACAGAAAUGACACGUCAUAAAUUUGAUAAGGUUAUGGAAGCUCUUCGUGCCAUGCCAAGAACUAUGUUGCUAAUUAUUAGCAGGAACCUGAAUACAGUACGAGCAAUUGCCAGGAACCAUGGUGACCCGGUAGAUCGGUAUGUGGUGUUGGCUCGCAGUGCAUCACAAGGACAGUUCUUGUCAGAUCAAGCUGGAAUGCUUCAGAAGAUAUUUGCAUUCAGGGAACUGUUCCUUUUUGAAAUGAUGUUGUGGUGUCAGAGCAUGAAACUGUGGUGUGUUCGAUUUUACUUCAGAGUGCUGAGAUGUGUGGGAAGGGCCCCUGAUGUGUCGACUGUUUUACAACAGAUUCAAUGAAUAUAAGUCACAAGUGUCACAGCACAAAUUACCAAUCAGAUUAAAAUGGCAACUUUAAAGGCAGUUGGAUCAUGUAGCACACAUUGGAGAGUUGAGAAAUGCAUACAAAAUUUUUGUUGGAAAAGCUGAAUGGAAGAGACCAUACAGAAGACUUAGGUAUAGAUGGGAUGAUGGUAUUAAAAUGAUCUUAGAGAAAUGGGAUGGGAGGGUUUAGACAGGAUUCAUCUGGCUCAGGGCAGAGACUAGUGGCAGGCUUUUGUGAACAUGGUAUGAAUUUUCUGGUUUCAUAAAAGGCAGAGAAUUUCUUGACUGAGCAUAAUUUCACCUUUUCAAAGACUCUGCUCCAUGGAGUGAAUGAGUUAAUACACUGAAGGAAAAAUUCUAUUAGUGUAACUCAUUGUCUAAACAGGGACUGACUUACAUGAUUCUUUUUAAGGUGAGGAAGUAACUGGAACAGUGAAAUGUGUUCUUUAUUAACCAUAAUAAAUAGAAUAUGAGAGAUGAUAACAUUAAAAACAUGUCAAAUGACUAUCAUGUGACUUUUUAAUGUAAUGAAUGUAAAUAUGUUCAGUAUUAUGUAAUUGUAUUUGCUAUUAUUGUUAUUUUUAGCACCAGCCACAGUACAUUUUAAGUAACAACAAUAAUAAUAAUCCGUGGCGUAACAGCCCUCUGAGAGCCAAAGCCGACUAGCUGGCUGCUGGCCUCACGUUCACAUGCCUAAGCAGAGGUGAAC